AUGCCCGAGGUGGCUGGCGCGUCCGCGUUGCUCCGAGCACGGCCCCCAAGCGCUUUUGAAGUCUCUGGUGAAGCGAAGGUGGUUCCUGCUGCUGUGGAAAUGGUGCGUUCUAGGGUGGAGGAAGCGGUCGGGCAGGGGGAGAUGGUGUAUUGGAAAGACGCGGUGGAGUGGCUAUCAGCUGAACGCGCGAGGGCUGGCGACAAUGACAUCAGUAUGCCGUACACACGAACGAUCGUGCGUACGGUGUUGACCAGCAUCGCCGACUCUCCCGGCAGUACAUCGCGGGUGGUCUGUCCAGAAAAAGGAAACCACGGGGGCGAGGACGCACGCGAGAGCCAUCUCUGUCUCGUCCCGUGCAACCUUCGCGACGAGGUAGUCGUUGGGUACCUCGUCCAGGCUCGGAAGAGGAGAGACCUCGCCGCGCACGAACCCGAGAGCUCGGAGGGGCGAGGCCCGCUUCUUGACCGAGAGCUGGAGCGGGUUAAGGUGGACGUAGCGGCUGGACCCGAGAGGAUGGCGGUGGUCAAGGCAGCAGGGGCGAUUGUCCGGACAGACAUCGAACAGCAGUCAAGCCUCAAGAACGUACCCCCCAGUAGAGCGAAACAAAACUCUGCCCAGGAGCUGGCCACAACUGUGGAAUCACCUCCCGAGACGCUAGCCGCGCUGCCCCCGAACACAGUAGGUUUUUUCCAGAGGAUAUUAUACCAGCCCUUGUGCCGCGAGGUCAGCUCCCUCGCCCCCACAGGCUGGGUGUGGGAGGCCGGGUGGCGCGAUGUGCAUCGGCGUCGAGACAACGGCGACGGAGGCGUCGAGUCGAGACGGGCAGACACGAGCGUAGUCGACGGAGGCCAGGCAUCAUCUCUAGGUACCUCCGUCGAGGGGCGGGGGCCGGGGGCAUCAGAGGGGCCGUCUGUACAUCCUACCUCUGAAAAAGAAGCCGCUAAGAUCGACGAUGCCAACCGUCAUUUUCGUUCUGUAGGUCGGCAGCUUGUGAUGAUGUGCACGGGCGUAGCGAAAGCCGUUUUAGGUACUCGGUACAGGGCUUCGCAUCAUAUCAAAGCGGCUCAGUGGGCCAAGUCGAAAGGUACCCCUCGGGUGGUGGUCGACUUCUGCGCGGCCCAUGGCAUGUGGGCGACGGAUUCGCAAGUAAGGCAUCGAGAGGAUUUCAAUGCGAAGGUCGUGGAGGACGGUCAUAUGCUUCCUAAGGAUGCCACCUGUGGUGCGUUUCCGUUCGACAACUGUGACAUGAAACCCGUGGUUGGAGUUAGCCAGAGGGAGCCUCAUCUGUCGACGAUCGCAGCUUCGGCCGUCACGGUGGGGGGGUCGGUGGGUGAACUCGAAGACACCUCGAAGUUGAAGCGGUAUAGCCUCCUGACCGUGGACGACGUGAUGAAGGGGCCAAAUGCACAAGGGGGCGAGCGGCGGUUCAAGGCCUUCCAGUCCCGGCUCCGACGUGCCGUUUACGAGAGUGCGUCGUUAGGUUCGACACCGGACGGGCCUAGGUGGUGUGUGGAGGCUCAACUCCGAAAGGAUUGGACGCCUGAGGAGAGAGCUACUCUGGACGGCCGGUACGCUUUCAUCCAACUAGGAAGUACAAAAACCUUCACCGACAACAACGCGGCCAUCGACCGCAUCCUCCGGAUCUGGCGCGGUACGGACGCCGGCAAGGACGGCACGCCGUGCAUAAUCGCCGGGGACGAGGAGACGUAUCGCGUCCUGUACCACAUCCAGAAGCAGGAGCGCAUCGCAUAUCGUCAAUUUCGUCGGUACCCCGGUGAUUGGCAUCUCCUCUUGCACAUGGCGAAGGCUCUUCUCAAGCGGUGUUGGGGGGCUGGCGUAGAGUUCGUGGCGAAGGAUUUGGGCACGGACAACAGCAAGUCAAGCGAGGGGAGCAACUACCGACGGGCACACCACCACCUCGUCGUGAUGUGGGAGGCACUUAUGUCUUUAUGUCGAGAGAUGUGCCUUCCACCGGGGGAGGGCAUGCUGGCGGAGGAUGCCGACAGCAUGGCGGUUGCGUGGAUCAAUAAGCGAGCGGCAGAACACAAGACUUUUGCCCUCUGGGAGCAGUUCCUCUUGCACGACUUCCCUGCCUACAUGACCUUCCGGAUUGCCCUGCGCACGGGAGAUUUCAUGCUGCGGCUUGAUGCGCUUCACCGUAUCGCUCCCAUUUUUUACAUCACCGGUAAGGACCGAUAUCAACUCCUGGUGGUGGAUCACCUUGCGGAGAUGUCAAGGAUGUCGGAGUCGGAUCUGAGGGUGAUGGCCGAGUUAUUUUCNAGGAGGAGGAGGAGGAGGAGGAGGAGGAGGAGGAGGAGAAGGGAAACGAAGCGGGCGAUGAAAUUCCAGAAUGGGAGUCCGAUGCGUCCGACUACAGCGAUGACUUCAGCGACUGGAGAUCAAACAUGUCGGAGGGCGGGCCGGAUGUAG